AUGGCUGGACAGACUUCGACCGACCCGAACGUGUUCAUUCUCCCCGACCUCGGCGAAGGGGUGCACGAGGCCGAGCUGAUCUCGUGGAAGGUGUCGCCUGGCGAGACCGUCGAGGAGCACCAGGUGGUCGCGGAGAUGGAGACGGACAAGGCGCUCGUCGAGGUGCCGAGCCCUCGGGACGGGGUGAUCAAGGAGCUCUUCGGCGAGGUGGGCGAGAUCCUGAAGGUGGGGAACGUGGCGUGGACGUACGAGGGGGCCGGGGAGGUGGCCGAGCCCGCACCGGCUCCGAAACAGGAAACGGCCCCCGCUGCUCCGGCGACUGAAGAGCGCGAGGACGACGGGACGGUGGUCGGGACGAUGAGCGGUUCGCUCGGGGCGGUGACGAAGAGCGAGGGCAAGGCGCUCGCGACGCCGGCGGUGCGCCGCCUGGCUCGCGAUCUGGGGGUCGAUAUCGACGCGGUGAACGGGUCCGGAAUCGCUGGGCGUGUGACGGAGAAGGACGUCCGCGCGGCGAGCAACGGCGUCGCGGCGCCGGCUCCGAAGCCCGCGCCCACCCCCCCAACCCCCGCGGCCCCCGCUGCCGCUCCGGCACCGGCUCCGGCGAAGCGGCUCGCGACGACGGUGCCCUCGCAGAGCGUGGCGCCGCGUCCGAACGUGCUGGUCCCGUCCGGCGGGGACACGACGAUCAUCCCGAUGCGCGGCGUGCGGCGCACGAUCGCGAACCGCCUGCGCCAGAGCGUGGACAUGGCGGUGCACUUCUCCGUGAUGGACGACGCGGACGUCUCCGCGCUGGACAAGACGCGCAAGCAGCUCGCGAUGGCGUCGGGCGAGAAGCUCAGCUACCUGCCGUUCGUGGUCUCCGCGGUGUGCCGGGCGCUGAAGGAGUUCCCGGCGCUGAACGCGCACGUGGACGACGAGAACGAGCAGAUCCUGCGGUCGAACAAGGUGCACAUGGGCAUCGCGACGGACACGGAGCAGGGGCUGAGUGUCCCGGUGAUCCCGGACGCGGACGCGCGGGGCGUGCUCGAGAUCGGGCGCGAGAUCACGGCCCUGGCGCAGAUGACGCGGGACCGGAGCGUCCCCGGCGAGCGGCUCAAGGGCUCGACGUUCACGAUCUCCAACGUCGGCUCGUACGCGGGCCGGUACGCGACGCCGAUCAUCAACUACCCCGAGGUCGGCAUCCUCGCGGCGGGUCGCGUGCGCGACGGCGUGGUGGCGGACAACGGGGCGAUCCGGGUGGCGAAGCUGAUGCCGCUGAGCCUGACGUGCGACCACCGUUCGGUGGACGGGGCGGAGGCGGCGCAGUGCCUGGCGUUGAUCAUCGAGCUGCUGAAGCGGCCGGAUGAGUUGUUGACGCCGGUUCGGGGGUGA